CACGUAUUUCAAUUAUUCUGAGAGAGCGCAUCGGUUAAAACUUGGACAGGCUUGGAUAACACGAUGAGCCCGCCGCCCAAGUGACUGUGCAGGUAGCCAAGUGACCCUGGACAACCGUUAUGUUCGCUUGUGUACACUGCGACGGGGAACCGAAGAAGCAACAGGAGCGGAUUCCUGGCCGAAGAGAUUUCCCGCUGGUCGACCAACCGCCCCUGGACUGUCCAACAUGAUCGAGGUGAUUUGCCUGCUGCUGGGCAGGAUCCUGCUGCUCCUGAUCGGCGGCUACGAGCUGAUUUGGCGGCUGCGCGAGCGUCUGAAUGCACUGGUGGUCAGGUGGUCAUAUGACCUUUGGCGCAGCGGAACGGCACGUGAGGCGCACGAGCGGCGCGUGCUUGCGGAUUGCCGCUCCCAGUUGACCAAGACGCCGCAGCAUCUGGUCCUGGUCAUCUCGCCCAUGGACGCCGGCGUGGAUGCGGUGCUCCUGCGCAGGAUCUUUGACUUUGCCCUGGACGUCGGGAUCAAGCAUGUCAGUUUGUAUGAUAGGCGCUCGAAGGGCAAGGGCUAUGUGGAGCUGGCCGAGAUCUGUCGGUCGGCUAGCGAGGAACAGGGUAGCUGCUUCAAGUGGCCACCAGUAUUUCCAAGCAAGCAGGAGAACCAGUCGAAGAACGGACAAAAGACAAAUGGUUAUGUGAACGGGGCCAAUGGCUCACAUUCCCCUCAAUUGCAGCUCUAUCAAAUCAGCGCCUCCGAUGGCCAUGCUUUAAUCGCCGACGUCUGCCGGGAGUUGUACGAGGGCAGGGAGUCGACGAUGGUGCAAAAUCUACUCAAGCAGAAGCGCGAAGCGCUCACGGAGCAGAUCACCGGGAUGCUGAACAAGCGCCUGGGAUUUGAGGCACCGGAACCGGAGUUGGGCAUCGUGUUUGCCCGGCAGACCUGCACAUACGGCCUGCUGCCGUGGCAUGUGCGCUUCACCGAGUUCCACACGCAUCCCAGCGGACGCCAUUUCGACGUGGAGACGUUCGCCAACAUCCUGUGCAAGUACUCGCGAUGCGAACAACGAUGGGGCACGUAAACGCAGCCCCCCGUAUAUUAACUAGUUACCUUAACUUUAUGUAAAUUAUCGCCAGGAAUUCCUUUUAGUUCGUAAGAAUAAACCACAAAAGUGUAUUGUUCAUAAA